AAGGGAGCAUCACGAGAAGCAUGAUGCCAAAAUGAUGCGCGCCAUGGAGGAGGCAGAGCGUAAGAAGUAGAAAUCCAUAUGGAUCACUGCACCCAGCCGUUUCGUUAUAUAACACCAUUUCGAUCAUCCUGCAGCUAUGCCAUAAAUGCGGCUAAACUGAAACUGUAAACACUUUUGUAUGCGACGUAAUAAAGACUUGAAUGUACCCAAAGCACUAAUCCAUUCUGAGGAUAUGAUGAGUGGAAAUUAUCUGUAAAUUAUCGUCGAACCAUGGCUUGUGUGUAUGUGCAGUGCCAUACUUGAAACAAAAUAGAAUGUUAUCUAGGGAAAAACACCUCUAUUGCAUUAACACAAAACAAGGAACCGGGUGCAAAGCGGAUUCUCCCCAGUGGAACACUUGAAAUGUUCAACCCAUAUCAAACGAUAGACGAUUAUCAGCAGGCCAGCCGCUCCACUUCGCUGCCACCUGGUUGAAUGUGUCCACUGCCCGUUCGAUGCUCCUCCACACGCGUAUACAAAUUCAAAUCCAAACGAUCAACAUCAAUGAGGACGUACUUUCUUGAGCGCAAACGCAAAAAAACCAUGUCACCGGAGCAAACCCUUGAAGAAUCCAUCUCGGACGACUCGACGGUCAACACGGUGUACACUUUUGUAGAUCGUGCCGCCACGGCAGCGGCAAACAACAGCAAUUACACGGACACUGCACUGGCGCAGCUGUACGCGCACAUUCAGAGCCUUCCGGAGUCCUCCAAGAAGCGUCGCCUCAUCAAGCAGUUUAACAAGCAAAACGGACAAGGCACACCGCUGCAGGUCAUCGCGAGGAGCUCCAGCGUGCCAUAAGGGAGCAUCACGAGAAGCAUGAUGCCAAAAUGAUGCGCGCCAUGGAGGAGGCAGAGCGUAAGAAGUAGAAAUCCAUAUGGAUCACUGCACCCAGCCGUUUAGUUAUAUAACACCAUUUCGAUCAUCCUGCAGCUAUGCCAUAAAUGCGGCUAAACUGAAACUGUAAACACUUUUGUAUGCGACGUAAUAAAGACUUGAAUGUACCCAAAGCACUAA